AUGUCGCAGAGACAGGAAUUGCAGAAUGCACAUUCUACCAAAUUCCUGAAUUAUGGCCAUCUUGGCACGGUUACAUAUGAUGAAGAAGACAAAAGCUGGGAAACUUUACGCAUCAUUGAUCCCAUUGUUGCGACUGUUCAUACAGAUGCGAAAAAGCAUGGUUCCACUGCUUUUCCAUUACGCCGCUUGUCGAGCAAGGUGGUAUAUGCUGGACGGGUUGUAUCUCAGCAUGGCUUCCAAGCUGAGAGCAACGACGACAACCUCGACCACAUUAAUGAGUCCAGCUCGGCACCGACCAGAGAAUCUCAACCCGAUGCCAGGACAGAGGAGAAAUCUAGGAUCAUCAAGGGUGCUCAGAGUGAUUGUACUACGUUUGCUGAGAAUCAGUCACCAAACCUUUCGACCUUGCUUGCCUUUGGGAGUGCUAUCUCAGCGAAAGCGGACGUAGUUCGUUCUGAAUACGUUCAUGUUCCGAUUGCGGCAUCUGUCUCCGGUAGUAACGCUCAAAAUGUCCGACUGGUAAGAAUCGGAAGGGAGGUUACAAAAGAUCCUGAUGUUGGUGGAGAUGCUAUCUUACACCUUCCAUCUAUCUCCAACGAAGGAAAGGCAUGCUGGAUAAGCAACGGUGGACCAAUUCAGCAAGUACGCUUCGCUGCAGCCAAUGGAUACGCAAGCACAUGGAUGGCAGCUAGACUACAAAGCUCUACCACAAUUUUUCAUCCCCUCCUACACCGAAUACCAGUCGCGCCGAGACGUGAGCCGUUUCAAGUUCCUCUUCAGGCGCUACAGUCUUCCGUGCUUGAUGCUAACCCGAUCGCUACCAUUCCACUCUCGCGCACCGGUGGCCACCCUCAUGCUGAUUUUGAUUUCCACCCACAAGACCAUCGAAAGUUUGCCUUGAUAGACGAGCAUGGGAAUUGGAGUGUGUGGCUUGUCGAUGGGGAGUAUCAAGAAAGUACCCGGUCCCGGUUCUGGGUCACCCUAAUGUGCUUUGGAAAGAUAUGGAGUUGGGACCAUGAGAAGAGGGUAAGAGUAUCACUACCCUAUCACGAUGGCUGGCACCGGAUUCUGUGGUGUGUUCACUCAGAGACUCCAGCUGAUAAGCUUUUCAUCUGUAAUCGCCGGACUGCCGCUCGGUACACAACUUGGGGGGAUUUAAUUGGCUUGGAACAUCUUCGUCUUGGACAUUCUCGUGAGAAUCAGUACAUUCUUGACGUGCAAGUGAGCAGUUUCGUUCCCGGCUAUUGCUUCGUGCUCACAUCGACUCAACUGUUUUGGCUCUGUUUUACAGAGACACAGGACGUAAAGGUUGGGAAAGAGAGAGCUACACCGCACGUUUUGCUCGCGUGGCAGCAUUUUCGAGAUCGUGGAGACAGAACGCUUCACUUGGUGUUGUUGGAAGCAGGAUUGAGCACCCUUGUACUCAUAGUAUCCCGACUCAACAAUCUGGUCCUGGUGUUCCGAGUCGGUUUUGCCGAUGGUCAUAAUGAUCAUCCAGUUUCGCUGGCUGAUCCGCUUUCGAUCUUUCUACCCGGGCCUCAUUACAGCUUUGAAUCUGUGGGUUGCCCCAUUUCACAGUUGUUUCGUUCAAUAGAAUGCAAUCGAGAAGUCCAAGGUAGCAUCGAAACAGCGAGCCCACUCCUGUUCAAGCUCUUCUCCUUGUAUGAAGAUUUCACUAUUGCCGAACAACUCUAUGCGAGCACCGAGCCCAGCUUUGGACUCACUGCAGGAGCUGCUCCGUUGCCUCUCUUGCAUCUGCCUAUCCAAGUAUCUCUGGGCAAUCUGAAAUCGACAUCUCGCCGUCGAAGAGGCUUCCGAGACUUCGUCGUACCUGAUGAUUGGGUGGAAUCGAACGUCUCUUUGACAGUAGCUGAGGGUGACGCACAAUUCAAGGAUCCAAGGCGAAACAGGCUCCGAACACGGGUGCAGCCCGGAGUUAAUUGGAAAGAUGUUUAUGGUCAACUGACUGACGAAGGCAGCAACGCAGCUUCGAAAGCUAGGAUAAGCGUGGGCACUCUUCUGUCACGAUUCAAUGACCGCUCGGAGAAAUUCAACCUACCUGAAAUACCCCUCUUGUCUGAGAUGCUAUCCUGCAAGCUACACAUUACAGAUGUCGAUGAGGACUCAGAGCAACUCGACGAAUUGGUCGCCACAUUCAUUCUGCAGCAAAAUCGUCAGCAGAGGCUUCAACGAUUUCCAAUAAUCACUUCUGAGGCCCAAGCGAUCAACCGUCUUGCCUCAAUUUAUGAUGCUAUCGUCGCAACUCAUUUGACCCCACUCGCGCCUCAGACACCGGACCGCAUCAGAGUGAACAAAGAACGUCUAGCUCGCAGAGUGGCUGCCGAUUUACUCCUCGCAAGCACCGCCUUCUAUCCAGAUAUCGCUGCUCCGACCCCACUUGUCACCCACAAUACCGUUGCUGAGCGAGAAACCUCCCAAGUAAUGCCCUCCUCCUCAAGCGCGCCAUCCGUCUUGACACCCGCCUCUCCUCCAACCAUCCCCACCGCAACCACAUCAACCGCCUCAACAGAAGAAGAUCACCCAGUUCUCACCCGCCUCCGCAAAUACACCGCCAUCUCCACCGCUUCUCCGCUCGUCUCAACUAGCAUUUCCUCCCUUAACAACUCCACCCUCUCCUCCAUCCUCCGCCACCUCCCCACCUCCGCACAUACCAAUCCAGAAACCUACAACUACCGUGCCACAGAACGCAACCUCGCCGCCGAGGCAGAAGAAGAACUCGCCCUUGCUGCCGGGCAAGCGGAUCCACAGGCGAGGCGGAGAGCUGAGAAGGCGAAGUUGGCGAGGCUGAGGAAGGAGGAAAUCCGAAGGAAGAGAGCGGCAGACGAGCAGAUGAAGUCGAGCCAGAGUAGGGGGCCGCCAAGGGUCAUGAGCACCCAGGUGGGAGGGCUGGAAGGUGUGCGAGAGGUGCAGAGUAGCCAGGCCGGAGUGGCCAGUUGGGAUACCCCUAGGGAUGGUGGGUCGAGUCAGGGACGGGGAUAUGCAUUUGGGCUCAGCCAGGAAAUGCCCAUGACGCAGCCCGAGAGGGGCGUGUUUGGCAUGAGACCCGGCAUGCCGGGUUUUGCGGCUGGCAAGAAAAUGGAUAAGGGGAAGAAACGAGCUGCUGGCUUUUGA